UAUAGAAGCAAUCAAGUUUCCUUGGAAAUUAUCAAGGCGUUAAUUGAAGCGUGUCAUCGUGAUUUAAACUUAUUCUCUAAAUACGUUGUGAAAAUCAUUGACAUGAUGUUGGAGACCAAAGAUAUCGAAAUUAUCGAUCUUGCUUGUCAAGUGUUUGUUGUAUUUACAAAUUAUCAUGAUGGUUCUACUUUAGGUGUAGAUGCUGAACUCACAAAAGAUUACGAAUUACUCUUGCAGAAAUUUGCAGGAUUUUGCGCCUAUGAAAAUGCAUCGGACGAAACUUUAAGAUUACAAAUGAUGUAUAUAGGUCAACGUGCGUUACAAGCGGCAGUAACAUCCGUUGCUCUUCAAGCCUCAGACUUCAAAGUUCAACUCGACCUGAUUUUAUCUCCUCUUAUCAUUACACUUUCGAAAUCCACAAAUCCAGCCAACGCAUUAGCCCAAAGUAAUCAUGAUGUGGAUAUGCAACAAUCAGCCAUUGGACAUGAAACAUUGAAUGCACAUGCUGUAGAAAUUUUGGCUGCAAAAACAGCAGCACUUAUCUUUAGUAAAGCAAACGGUGCAGGAGUAAAAUCUUCGUUGGGUCCGAUUUUCACAUUUAUGGAUUCCGAAGAAAAAUGGUGGCCACCCAAUUUUGCUGUAUCCAUGAUGGAAUUAGCACUCGAAUCACUUCAACCUCAAUAUCGAUACCUUUUAGUUUCUGAAUUACUUCAACAAUUGGAAAGUUCAACAAAAUCACCAGGCACCCAUUAUAAUAUGGAAAAGCAUGCUUCAUUAGUUUCCAUUCUGGACACCAUUUUAAAUGCAAAUAUCCCACUUGUGGGUAUCUCUGUACUUGAAGUCCUCAACUCACUUUUCACACACUUGAUCAAAUCUGUCCAAGACGGUCAUUCGUUCAGAGAGACAGAACCUUCCGAUGUAUCCGGUUCCAUGGAGUACGUAAUUCAACAAGGGUUAGUGCAUAGUAUCAGUGGCAUGGCGUCACAGACCUAUUAUUUGAAUCAAUUGAAUGAUAUAACGGGUUAUAUCAUUUCCAAAUUACGUGUGGGUCAUCAUUCAUCUGUGGAUGUCAUGGAAGGUUUACCCAUUGUCGAGUAUCGAAAAGUGGUGCUUCAAUGUUUGGAUCGGGUCACGGUAUCUUCUGCCGCAGCAGAAAAGGAAUCCAGAACGGAUGACACAGAAAGCAAUAAUGAAAAUACACCGGUUUAUAAUCAUUCGGUUACCAUGGAUGCUUGGGUACCAGCAUUAGGUUUAUUAUUGGAUGAAUCUCCAGAAACACGAGUUGAUUUUGCAUUAACUCUUGUACACUAUUUGGAAGCGACUUCCGAAAACGAAAUUGCUUUAGAACACCUCCAAUCGUUAGUGAAAACCUCAACGAUCAAGAACACAGCCCGUCAACGCGCUGUAGCUGCCAUUGUGGUAGAAUGGCUUGCGAUGGUAGGUGAGUUCUAUCGUAUUGAUAGUUUGAUCCAGUACGCUGAGGACUUGAAAGCCGAGCGUAUCCGAUGCAAUGAAUACUCUCCCGUGUUCAUGGUGGAACAUGUGGGGGAUCACAAUACGUUUGAGAAUUUGGAGCCCGAUAAUACGACACCUGUGGAUAAAUACGCGGAUCGACAUUUGGUUGUGGAGAUGUUGUCAAAGGAUGGACCCUUGAGAGAUGAAGAUGACACGGAAGGAACUGAAUUGGAUAGUAAACUUUUGGUUGAGUGGGGUUCGGAAGCUUAUGUCAAUCAUGAUCGUACCUUCAGAAUUAGAACUUCUCGUAAUUUGAGUGACUUGAAAGCUAAAUUAGCGACCCCUUGGUCUCAUACUGAAGUGAAUAGAAAUGAACCUGGUAAAAAGCAAACUAUUCGUGUCGAGAAUCUGAAGGAGGCUUUAGUAGGACAGCCUCAACAAAGCGAUGCUUCAGGAUUGCAAACUUUGACAAAUACAUGUCUUGCAAAGAGACCUAAUGAAACGAUCUCUGAUAUGAGCUCUCUUCUUCAAUCUCUUUCAUUAGGCAAUGAUAUCUCAAAGUGA